UUCCGGUCGGUGUCUGUGCGGCGUGCGCAGGAUGGGCCGCGGGCGUCCCGGCGCUGUGAGUGACCCCCGGGCGGUGCAGGGCACCGGCGGCAGCAGCGCCGUCAGCAAGUGCUCGGCGGCGGCGCGGGGCUACAUCCAGGACCGGUUCCUGCGGCUCCUGGCGGAGCGGCGGCGGCGGCGGGCGCCCCUGAUCCACCGGGGUUAUUACAUCCGUGCCCGUGCUGUGGAUCACUGUGUUCAGGACUUCCUGCUGAAGACACAGAGCCUGCCCAGGACACAGAUCCUGUCUUUAGGUGCUGGCUUUGAUUCCUUGUACUUCCGUUUGAAGGAUAUGGGUCUUCUGCAGCACACUGUGGUGUAUGAGGUAGAUUUCCCAGAUGUGGCAUGCCAAAAAGCUGCUCUGAUCAAAGGAGUGAAGGAGUUGUCAGCACUGGUGGGAGACGCUGGAGGGGAAGGAUUAGGAGCCAUUACCAUUUCUGGAGAUGAUUAUAAAUUACUGGGAGUGGAUUUAUCAGAGCUCCCUGAGCUGGAGAGGACCCUGGAGGAAGCAGGACUGAACAAUGAAAUCCCCACCCUCUUCAUCGCAGAGGUGGUUCUCACCUACAUGGAGACGGCCAGGUCCGAUGCCCUGAUUCAGUGGGCAGCAGAGCGUUUCCCUCGGGCUUGCUUCCUGCUGUACGAGCAGGUGCAGCCUCAGGACCCCUUUGGGCACAUCAUGCAGCAGCACUUCAGGCAGCUGAGCACGGCGCUGCGCUCGCUGGAGCUGUACCCCGACUGCCCGGCCCAGCACCGGCGCUUCCUGGCCCAGGGCUGGACUGAGUGCAGUGUCAUGGAUAUGAAUGAGUUUUUCACCUGUUGUAUUCCAGAAGAUGAGCAGCAAAGAGUGCAGACUCUGGAGCCUUUUGAUGAGUAUGAGGAAUGGCAUCUGAAGUGUUCUCAUUACUUUAUGUUGGCUGCAUCGAAGGGGAUGGAACCUUCCUGGACUCCGUUGUCACCCAGUGGGACAGUUCCCCGUCGCGCCGGUCCUGUCGGGGUGGCAGGCAGUGUCCCUGCAGCGGUGUGUGCAGGGCUCUCAGGGGCUCCUGGCCUGAGGCGUUACGGUCACCGCUCUGUUCUUGUAAAGCCCAACGUGAUUGUCACCACGGGAGGCUUUGGGGAGGAGCGUGGGCAGCACUGCCGUGUGAGGAAUGUCCACCUGCUGAGCAGGCAUGCAGGCCGCUGGGAGGCUGUCUGUGUGACACAGAAUGCUCCUGAUCAAAGAUGGGGUGAGAGGUUGUACCAUACUGUGUCUCGUCUCUCGGACACUCUGGCUCUGGUGGUAGGAGGACGGACAUCCCCAUCGAGCACAGGCUUGGGAAUGUUGUGGCUGAAGUUCCCCAGAACCUGUGGUGCUUCAGGCCCAGGUGACGUUGCAGUGGAGCUUGCAAGUCUGCAGCCUGAUGCUGAAGCAGCAGCUUUGCGUUGGAGACACAGCACAACUGAAAUUACAUUCAAAGGUGAGCAGUACCUGUUUGUGUACGGUGGCCGCUCCGCCCUGCAGCCUGUGCUCGGGGAUUGGCAUUUCCUGCACGCUCCAGAGCUCUCCUGCACUGCGAUUCCUGUUGACGGUCCAGUCCCAGAAAGCCGCCACUCUCACAGUGCCUGCAGCUGGGAAGGAGGUGUGCUGAUUGCAGGAGGUCUGGGAGCAGCUGAGCAGCCCUUGGGGUCAGUUUUCCUUCUGAGGGAGCUUGAACAUGGCUUUCAGUGGCAGACAAUAGAGACACACCCUCCUCUUGUCCCACGGUAUUCACAUACUGCACAUGUGCAUGAAGGAAAGCUUCUGCUCGUUGGUGGAGUGUGGUUCCACGCAUCCUCUGUGCCCGGUGUCACUGUCAUCGACCUCAUGACCGGGCUCUGCUUCAACUAUGUGAUUAAUGUGGAGCACCUGGAGUGGCCAUUAAUGCUACAUAAUCACAGCAGUGUCUUUCUGCCAGAUGAGAAGGAGCUGUUGGUCAUUGGCGGUGGUGGAAACUGCUUCUCCUUUGGGACACACCUGAACCCAGAGCCUGUCCUGCUGAGCCUCAGCAGCAUCCUGGCCAGCCACUGAGUGGGACCAAGCAGGGCUGAGCCCUGCUGCUGCACGGUGGGGAGACACCUGUUCACUCUAGGUCCAGAAACAGCGCAGUAUUUCCACAAAGGCUUUGUAUCCGGAGUGCAUUUGUGAAGGCGGGAUCAGGAGGGACAGUUACAGUGAGGGAUUCACACCCCACUGGCUGCUGCGUUUUUACGGCUCUUUGUGUUGCUGUAAAUACAGUACCUCAAAAGCAGCUGGCAGCAGUAGUGCUUAGAGGUGAAGAACAGCGUGGUUUGGCUUGGAAGGCACUGUAAAGACCAUCCUGUUUUACCCCCCUGCCAUGGGUAGGGAAACCUUCCCCUAGACCACGUUACUCCAAGCCCCAUCCAGCCUGG